UUAAUACUGGCGCUUUUUAUACGAGUAGACCUGCAAGACAGAAGAAACAGAACACUUUGCUGGGGCAACGUGAAGCACAUAAUAAAGGGAAUUGAAUAAAGAUCCGAAAACUGCAUACCAUCAUGAUUUGCUGGGGAGAAACUACCUUUAUGGAAUUCGAUUUAGACAGUUUAUACCACGAUGACGAGCUUGGGAUAGCAGAAAGCCAUCCUCUGGCCACAGCACAAAAAGCAAAGAUAACUGCCUUAUCUGUUGGAAGACGAAUGUUUGCCUUUGUCACAGAAGAUGGAAAAGGAAAACUAUGUUUUCGGGAUGAAAUGAGUGAGACCGUCAGACAGCAGAAUGAGAACUUUGCAUUGAGCGGGGAGAAAAUCGACGCACUGACCUGUGGAGCAGAUUGCAUUGUCAUGGUCUCACAGAAGGGCAACGUUUUCCAGCUAAACUGCCAAAUAAAACCUUACAUUCCCAGGUGUCUCAGUGCACUAAAUGGCAGACAUGUGAUACAGGUUGCCUGUGGGGACCACCACACCAUUGCACUCUCAAGAGAUGGGCAGCUCUUCACAUGGGGAAAAAACUCCAAUGGUCAACUGGGACAGGGGGAGGUUGGACCCAGCUCCCAGCCCCCUAAGCGCCUCUUCUCUCUGUCAGGGAUCCCCCUGGCUAUGAUCACUGCUGGAGGGGACCAAAGCUUCGCUCUGUCUGUAUCAGGAGCUGUGUUUGCUUGGGGCAAAAACAGUGCAGGGCAGCUUGGCGUAGGAGAUAAGGAAGAUAUACAUGUUCCAACUAUUGUGAAAAGCCUAAAUCUGAAGAGGACUGUCUUCAUUUCAUGUGGAGAUGAGCAUACUGCAAUUCUGACCAAGGGAGGCCUGGUGUUCACGUUUGGAUCAGGAGAGUACGGGCAGCUUGGACACAACUCCAACAAAGAAGAACUGCAGCCUCGCCUGGUGGCUGAACUCUGGGGGUCAAGAGUGACCCAAAUAGCCUGUGGAAGGCACCACACGCUUGUAUAUGUUGAAUCCUUGAAAACAAUCUACUCAUUUGGAUGUGGAGAGCAAGGGCAGCUGGGAAGUGGACAGGCCACCAAUCAGAAUGUGCCUCUUCCUGUUCAGCUGUCUCCAGAAUUUCAUCAUGAAAUUGGGACAAUUUUGGCUGGAGGAAACCAGUCUUUUUACUGUCCUGAGACGCUACCUUGUCCUGGCAAGAUGAUCUUGACUGUGGAUGACAAAUUAAUUAGCCAGUGGAUCUCAGAGUGUGAUUCAAAACCUUGGGAAACUCUAAAAACGGAGAUAAAAGAGACUUUUUCAUCUGCAUCAACUCUCAAUGGUAGCUUUCUCAAUCAAAGUGGUGAUAAGCAUUACCAAACCUCAAUGGAGAAUUCAGGUCUGGACUUGUCUCUAGCACGUCUAGCCUUUGAGAAGCUGGCAAAUAAUAAACUAUUGUUGAAAGAGGUCGGAUCAGUGGUGCAACGUAAACUGCUCCCCUCCCUGCCUGUAGACCCUUCUGGUGUGGAGGACCUGAGAGUCUAUUUGAUCCUACCUGAGCUCCUGAGAGUCCUGCCCAUGGACAGAGACCUCUGUGUAAAGUUCGCUGAAGCAGUUUGCAGACUGCAGCCACAGUGCCUGAAGAUCCUAGAGGGUUUCUGGUCAAAACUUACCAGAGCCUUCUUCAAGUCCCUGGUGAAGGUGGUGCGCUCAGCAGCCACAUGGUUCCUCCACCAGAUGAGGACAGAGUGGUGUGAUUACAGGACCUCUGUGGAGAAGACUGCGGAAGUUCUACAGAAGCUGUAUGAGGUUACCUGCAAUGGCAUCAGGAAGAUUGAAGAGAGAAACUUCUACAUCAAGGAGAUGAAGCUCUUUUUUCAAUCUGGGGAAAUAUUUCAACUUGAAGAGAAUGUUCACAGAGUUGCACAUUUCAUGAUGGGGAGGUUGACCAUGUACACAAGCAUCUUUGACAUGGAGACAAAAUGCUUGCUCUUCAACUCACUGGCCUUAGGUUACUGUUUUCUGAGUGGCUCACUGGGUCAUUCUGGGAAUCAACUGUGUGUGAACAGAAGGUCCCUUCUGACUGAUACCUUCCAAGAAUUGAGAAACAAUCCCCGUCAAUACCUUUGUCCUUUGGAGGUAAAAUUUAAAUAUGAGAAUGGUAUCGAUCAUGGAGGUGUGUCACAGGAGUUCUUCACUGUCAUUGCAAGGGAAAUUCACUCAUUGCAGCCAAGGAUGCUUGAGCUGUUUGAAGACUCAGGACUUGUCUGGUUCAUGCCAGAGGGCCACUGUGAUGAUGAUGCUUACUCCUUGCUCGGAAUUCUCUGUGGGAUGGCUCUGUACUGCAAGUGUUUUGUGAAUUUCCACUUCCCACUGGCACUUUUUAAGAAGAUGUUGGGUGUUAUGCCAACUCUGGAAGACCUGGAAGAACUCUCUCCCAAAGAAGCCAGGAACUUGCAAGUAGAAGUCCUAAAUGAAGAUGAAGAAGUUGUGGAGCUGCUGGAUUUGGAUUUCACAGCUAGAGGCCAUGAAAUAGUACCGAAUGGAAGAGAGAUAACAGUAACCAAAUGCAACAGGCGCCAGUUUGUGGAGGCAUACAUUGAUUUCACUUUCAACAAGUCAGUCAAGAAACAGUUUGAUGACUUUUUGGGUGGAUUUUCACAAGGCUGCCCAAUUCAAAUUUGGCAGAUGUUUCUUCCAGAAGAACUCAUGGCACUCCUGUGUGGAAACAUUCACUAUAUUUGGGAGGAGCUGGAGAAGAAUGCGCUAUAUCAGGCAUAUGAGCCCACAGACAAGAACAUCCAAAACUUCUGGACUGUCUUCUUUGAGCUGUCUGAGGAGAAAAAGAAGGAUUUUCUCUCCUACAUGACAGGAAGUGAUCGGCUGCCCAUCAGGGGACUGGCAAACAUUAAGAUCACCAUUGUCAAUCAAAACAAGCCCAACCCUGAUGACUUUUAUCCGGUCGCAAAUACCUGCUAUCGCUGCUUAUACCUUCCAAAUUACAGCAGCAUUCAUGUUCUGAGAGAGAAGUUUGUCCAUGCAAUCUCUUUUUAUGAAGAAUUUGGAGAAUAUUAGUGCCACCUGCAGAUAAGGACAGUAAUCCUUCAACUGCUGAGGUUUCACAAAACUUGCUGGAACAGCCACUACCACAGCUGCAUUCUCACUGCCUUUGAACAUUCCUCAUCUGUGUUGUAAAGUCUCUGAUCUAAUUUUUCAUUUUUCUGAUCUAGUUUUUUCAUUAUGAUUUCCCCUUUACCAUGCAAUUCUACCAUCAUUGGAAUGCUGAAAAAAUGUGUAGCAUAAAUCCAUAUGCUUCAGUAGAAGAUUUUUAAAAAUUCACAUGUGAUUUAAUUCUUAACAUUUAUUCUUUAAUAGUUUAUAUGUUCAAUUAGUUGUGUAUUCCAUCGGUUCCUUUUUAAUAUUACAUUGAAGAGCACGAUAAUUUAAAUCUGUUUACCAUUCUGAACUGAAUACCAUAGUUGCCUUUUUCUGGUCAUCUAUAAGAGGAAAAAACAGAUUCCUUAAGCAGCCAUUCCCCUUUUUGAUGAAACACAAGUGCAAAGAGUACAUUUUUAACCAGUUUCUGGAACAUAAUUUAAAGGUUUACUUAACUUUACUGCUGUGUUCUGCACCCAUAGAGUAGAUCAUCUAUAGGCUAUGACUUAUUAUGCUAAAUCUGUGUAUUAAGAUGUCUUUAAAUUUACAUGACCAUUUGGUGUAAAGUAAUCUAGCAAUAAUGUACCAAUGCGAUAUUCUGCAAUUACAGUGAGUAAUAAGUUACAUGUAUAUUCAGUCUCAAAUGAGAAUUUUACUCCAUAUAGUUGAUGUGUUUCUUGACUGUUUGAGCUGUAACACAAAUCCCCAUGGUGACACCAAACUGGAGAGCCUGUCUGGUCACAGGACUACAUGUAAAUCAGCAUAAUGGUGCCGAUUAAUUUGGGAGUAUGUACAAUGAAUGGAAGCUUUUGUCAUGGAAUAUGAUUCGCCUCCUUCUUAGGUCUCACAAAGUCUAAAAUGUUAAUGGUUUUUAAUGUUAUAUUAAUAAAAACGAAUUUGGUUGCAAAUUACUGUUAAUGAGGAAGCUAAUAAAUGAUUCAUUCCAAUUAGAA